UGUCGGUCAGCCCAGCGGAGCCCCCUCUGCCUUGCUCCCCUUGGCAGGCACUGCUGCCUCCUCUGAAGCAGAAGCCAGGGCUCAGGCAAAUGGGUCCCCACCCUUGAAGAGCUGGUCCUUAGGGGGGAGCCUUUGCCAAAAGCUUAAUACAGCGCGCACACGCACACAUCCAGUCCCCAGCACCUUCUUCUCCUCCUCCUCCUUUCAUCUCAAGGGCUGGUGGAAGCCAUGGACGAAGGCUUUAGAGACCGGACCGCCUUCAUCCGUGGCGCCAAAGACAUUGCCAAGGAAGUGAAGAAGCAUGCGACCAAGAAAGUGGGCAAGGGGGUGGACCGCAUGCAAGACGAAUACACCAAGCGCUCGUACACUCGCUUUGAGGAAGAGGACGAUGAUGACUAUCAGCCCCAAGAUGGAUACUACCGUGGGGAGCCCUCAGUUGACGAUGAAGGGGCCUCCAGCGAUGCAACGGAAGGCCACGAUGAAGACGAUGAGAUCUACGAGGGGGAAUACCAGGGAAUCCCCCGGAAUGAUUCCCUGAAAGCUGGAGACCGGCUGACAGCCGGCCCGGAGGUAGCCAGUGAGUUCAGGGACUUUGAUGAUCUGGAAGGGGAGAAGAAGAAGGAGAAGGAGGAGCUUUCCCAGCAGUAUGAGCUAAUUCUACAAGAGUGCGGACAUGGGAAAUUCCAGUGGACGCUCUACUUUGUGCUUGGAUUGGCUCUCAUGGCUGAUGGAGUGGAGAUUUUUGUGGUCGGCUUUGUCCUCCCCAGUGCUGAGAAAGACAUGUGCUUGUCAGACUCCAAUAAAGGCAUGCUGGGCUUGAUUGUCUACCUGGGAAUGAUGGUGGGGGCCUUCCUGUGGGGCGGCCUGGCAGACCGGCUGGGGCGCAGGCAGUGCCUGCUGAUGUCACUCUCGGUCAACAGUGUCUUUGCCUUCUUCUCCUCCUUCGUGCAGGGUUAUGGCACCUUCCUCUUCUGCCGGCUGCUCUCUGGCGUGGGCAUUGGGGGGUCCAUCCCCAUUGUUUUCUCCUACUACUCGGAGUUCCUGGCCCAGGAGAAGCGUGGCGAGCACCUCAGCUGGCUCUGCAUGUUCUGGAUGAUUGGCGGCAUCUACGCCUCUGCCAUGGCCUGGGCCAUCAUCCCCCAUUACGGGUGGAGCUUCCAAAUGGGAUCUGCCUACCAAUUCCACAGCUGGCGCGUCUUCGUCUUGGUCUGCGCCUUUCCCUCGGUCUUUGCUAUUGGGGCCCUCACCAGCAUGCCAGAGAGCCCCCGCUUCUUCCUGGAGAACGGCAAGCAUGAUGAGGCCUGGAUGGUUCUGAAGCAGGUCCAUGAUACUAACAUGAGGGCAAAAGGCCACCCUGAGCGGGUCUUCUCGGUGACCCACAUCAAGACAAUCAAGCAGGAGGACGAAUUGGUUGAGAUCCAGUCGGACACAGGGACCUGGUAUCGGCGCUGGAUGGUCCGCUUCCUGAAUCUUUCUCAGCAGGUCUGGGCAAAUUUUCACCAGUGCUUUGCUCCCGAGUAUCGCCGGGUCACGUUGAUGAUGAUGGCCGUCUGGUUCACCAUGUCCUUCAGCUACUACGGCCUGACCGUCUGGUUCCCAGACAUGAUUAAACACCUCCAGAAUGUGGAAUAUGCCUCCCGCACGAAGGUCUUUAACAACGAGACGUUCAGGCACAUCACCUUCAACUUCACCCUGGAAAACCAGAUCCAUCGCCGGGGGGAGUACUUCAAUGACAAGUUUAUUGGCCUCAAGAUGAAGUCGGUCUCCUUCAUCGAUUCUUUGUUUGAAGAGUGCUACUUUGAGGAUGUCACAUCAAGCAAUACUUUCUUCAAGAACUGCACUUUUCUGGCCACCGUCUUCUACAACACAGACCUCUUUGAGUACAAGUUCAUCGACAGUCGGAUCAUCAACAGCACCUUCCUGCACAACAAAGAAGGGUGCCAGCUGGAUUUCAGUGACGACAACAACGCUUACAUGAUCUACUUUGUCAGCUUCCUGGGCACCCUGGCGGUGCUGCCGGGCAACAUUGUCUCUGCGCUCCUGAUGGACAAGAUCGGGCGUCUUCGCAUGUUGGCCGGGUCGAGCGUCAUGUCCUGCGUCAGCUGCUUCUUUUUGUCCUUCGGCAACAGCGAGUCGGCCAUGAUUGCCCUCCUCUGCUUGUUUGGCGGGGUCAGCAUUGCCUCGUGGAAUGCCCUGGACGUCCUCACGGUGGAGCUGUACCCCUCGGACAGAAGGACUACCGCGUUUGGGUUCCUCAACGCUCUUUGCAAGCUGGCAGCGGUUUUGGGCAUCAGCAUCUUCACAUCGUUUGUGGGCAUCACAAAAGCCGUGCCCAUUUUGCUGGCAUCAGCGGCCCUGGCCGUGGGCAGCUCCCUAGCCCUGAAGCUGCCGGAGACUCGGGGGCAGGUGCUGCAGUGAGAGCAAGCCCCUUCAGCACUCUUCCGCCCUAACCCCCCCGCCCCCACCCGGGGGGAGAUUUAGCGUUGUAGACACUGUGACUGUCUUGUCGUACCAUUUCAGUGGGAAAUCUGUCUUUGCUUAGGUUUUCUUCCGCAAGCUCACCUGCUCUUUUGAGUACUCCUCACCAUCCUUUCUCCCACGGUGCUGAGGUAGACGUGACGGUGGGGAGGCAGAGAAGCCGAAGGAGGGCAGGCCAGGUCAAGCCGUGGGAGAUGGGCGGCAUCUUACAAGCUAGCAAACAUAACGCAAAAUCUUUGUCUUCUGUGAUCUCCUUUCCUGCUUCUACAUCAUGGUUUCCACAAGUCUGUGUAUAUGUGAAUACGACUUCUAUUUGUCCAGUAAAGUACAGUAUGCCUCCAAAUGCCCGCAUAGCUUAACUCCCAGAGCUUAACAAUGAGGGCUAGAAGCAGGGAUCCACAUAGUACAAGCACACAAGCAGAUGAAUUUUGGGCUCUGCGGGCAUUUGGAGGCAUAGCUUCCCUCAAAGCCUGGUGGGCAUGCACCACGCGCGCACACACACACACACACACACACACAUCAGCACAACUUUUUCUUGGAGAAAAAAAAGGUUUUAUAAGGAGUGUUUUAACUUGCAGCUGUUUGCAUUGGUGCUUUUCAAGGGGUGGCCACUCCCACCCUCUGGGCUGAUCCAGGACCCCCUUGGCCUCUCCUGGCUAUGGGUGAGUCAACUCAGUGGGGAGGGAAACACAGCAAUCUCCCUCAGCUGUUUAGUUCCCGAAAGAAAAGGAGGCAGCCAGAGCCAAAACUUGCUUCCUCCCUUCUUUCCCCCUGGACUUUGGAAAUCAGAUUUGGGGCAUCCAAGCACAACUUGGGAGGAGUUAAGCAGAAACGUCUUCUUGCAUUUGCCACAAAUAGCCCCAAAGAGCAGAAAACGCCACUCCCAAGCGAAGUGGCCAAGUGCCCGCAGGCAGAUCUUGGACCAAAUGGAAGCAAUUUUAUGUAGCCUCCAAUGCUGCAGGGCAGGAGGCCCCUUCCCCAGGCUCUUCCUUUCCUAGCCUGGGGCCCGUUCUGUCUUUCAAAAGCUGGCUAGUUACAGGAUUCUAAGUCUUGUGCGAUUUUGCCAUCUUGUACCAAAAAGGGAGCUCACCCCCCCCCUUGCACCCCCUCCCUUUCCCCUCCCUUCCUAAUUGAUGGUGGAACCACUAGGGAGGAUGGCCCCAGUUCUUUUCACCCCCUACAGCAACGAUGGUGGUUCCUUCUUUACUGGGAAGAGCAGCUGGGUGUCUUGUCUUCUUCCUCUUCCAAGCCUCAAACAUCUCCAGAAGAGGAAAGUCACAUUUUCUUGUAGGGUGGGGAAACUGACCCCCCCACCCACCCCCGUCUUGCUGAACAAACUUUACCUGAUGAAAUUGCUCGCCCCCCCUGCUGCUUCCAGACCUCAAGCCUCCUUUGGCUUUAGUUCCCCUCCCUUGUUCUGGUGUAGGUGGGCUUCUGAACAAAACCAAGACACAAACCAUAUGUAGCUCUGUCUGUGCGCGCAAAACCAACUGACAAAAACUUUGUGCCGUGGUGUAGUUUUUAGAUGUUUGUAAGGAACAAUUUAAAAAAAAAACCCAGGAAAAAAACCAACCCAUAAUGUCAGCUGUAGUCUCUGGGUCAUUUCAUUUUGUAUAAACAAAGAAGCCAAGAAUGCUGGUUAGAUAGGAGAGUUAUUUUAAAUGUCAUUGUGAGAAACAGUGAAUGUUUUUUUUUUAAGAAAAAAAAAUGCUUUGGCUAAUAUGUGUACAGAUCGUUCAACCGGAGAAGGAAAUCUGGAUGUUUGGCUGAAUCGAGCCAUGUUCCCACAACCACCAUGAUGAACUUGUAGUUAACAACAAUCCAUGUAAAAAAUGGAGGGAAAUAAAAGAUUGAAAAAUCUAAUGA